AUGAAAGCAUUUGAAUUCUUUUUCGUAGCUCACAGUGAACAAAAAAAAAUGGAUCCAGAAACAGCUGCUUCCAAUAUUAUCAUAGGCCAUGAAGUAGCAGAUCUUGCACGUUGCUUUGAUGUUCUCCUCCAAAACAACUGCGGUGAUACAACUGUGCUUGAUAAAAUUUUCCCUUUCCUUGGAAAAGAUCUUUUAGAAAGAAACAUCAUUGAUUACUCUCGCGAUCCAGGUGUUGAUAUCACAGACAGCUAUUUUGUCCUUUACGAACCAUUUUUACGUGCCAAAGCCGCUUUAUUAGUUGGAACUAUAAUCGAAAACUGUAAAGAAGUUCCAGAUGUUACAAAAUUCGUCAACCCGCUUAUCGAUCUAUUCACAGGCGAAGAAGAAAUUGAACAAUGCUUCGCUUUAAUCGGCUUGACAAGUAUCGGCCAGGGUAAACCAGAGUUAAUCUUACCGCACUUCCCCAAGCUUGCUAGACCACUAAUUCUUAUUAUCGGCGCCGCAUCUUCUCCAGCUCAAUCUUUCUCUUUAUACCAAUCUAAUGUUUUCAAGUCACAAGUGUUUGAAUCAUUCCUCGAUUUUAUGGAGAUUCCAGGACUCCUUGAUACACCAGAAAAUGUUCAAAGGCUUUUUGAAUCGAAUAUUACGUUAGCAAUCAUCCAAAUUGCUCUUUCAGAAUAUGUCUACAUUCCAAAGACUCCAAGGACUCUCUGGAAAAUGAUCUGGCUCUUCCUUCGCAUUACAACUGAGCAUCCACAAGGAAUUAAAAUGUGGGACCUUGACCACAUUCCAAAGAAUGGACCACAAGCAUGCAAUUUAAUGAGAAUAGCUCUUGCAUCCCCUGAAAAAGCUGCCCUUGUUAGAAAUGAGGUUAAUAAGAUUUCAAGCAAUAAUCCAUCCUUUGAAACCUUUACAAAGUUGGUGAAACAACUAUCACAGUAA